GUGUACUUUCGUGGCGCUAACGAGACAAGACGACAUACGACAGACUCUCUCUCUUGCGCCUUCUGCUUCCUCCCGUCUCUGGAUUCUUUUUAUUUUUCUUUCUUUUCUUUAAAAUUAGUUUAUCAGAUUGAUAGACUGAAAAUCUGAGAUCGAUUUCUGCGCGGGUGGCUCCCGGUAUGCGCAGAGAUUGAAAUUGACGAAGAGAGAGAGAGAGAGAGAAAUUGGAAUCGGAGAGUUAGCGAACCCAACUUUGAGGACGAAAUGGGAGAGAGGGGAGGGGGAUGUUGCCCGCCGAUGGAUCUGUUUAGGUCAGAGCCUAUGCAGUUGGUUCAACUCAUCAUCCCCGUCGAGUCCGCUCACCUCACCGUCUCCUACCUUGGUGAAGUCGGUCUCCUCCAAUUCAAAGACCUGAAUGUGGAGAAAAGCCCGUUCCAGCGGACUUAUGCUGCUCAGAUAAAAAAAUGCGGAGAGAUGGCUCGGAAGUUACGAUAUUUCAAAGACCAAAUGUCAAAGGCAGGUUUAUCCUCCCCAGCAAAGCUUGUGACUAAACCUGACAUUGAUGUGGAUGAACUAGAGGUGAAACUCGGAGAACUGGAGGCAGAGCUGAUUGAAAUGAAUGCAAAUAAUGACAAGCUGCAACGUUCUCAUAAUGAGCUUGUAGAAUAUAUGCUUGUUCUGCGGAAGGCUGGUGAAUUUUUUGCUUCUGCCCAAAGGAGUGCGACGGCUCAGCAGAAAGAAAUGGAACAAAAUCACGGGGUUGAAGCAUCCAUAGAAACUCCUUUGUUGCAGGAAGAUAAGUCAGCCGAUCCAUCAAAACAAGUGAAGCUGGGAUUCAUCUCUGGCCUUGUUCCUAGAGAGAAAUCAAUGGCAUUUGAGAGGAUUGUAUUUCGUGCUACUAGGGGUAAUGUGUAUCUGAAGCAGGCCGUUGUUGAUGAACCUGUCGUCGACCCCCUCUCUGGAGAAAAGAUUGAGAAAAAUGUGUUUGUGGUUUUCUACUCUGGAGAAAAAGCGAAGAACAAAAUCCUGAAAAUAUGUGAAGCUUUUGGUGCAAAUAAAUAUCCUUUCAGUGAGGACUUUGUCAGGCAAGCUCAAAUGAUCACAGAGGUGUCUGGAAGACUCACAGAGCUUAAGACGACUAUAGAUGCUGGACUGCUUCACUGGAACAAAUUGUUGAAGAACAUUGCAGAUCAUUAUGAGCAGUGGAGUCUUCUGGUGAGGAAGGAAAUAUCUGUCUAUCAUACUCUGAACAUGCUUAGUUUUGAUGUGACAAAAAAAUGUCUUGUGGCUGAGGGGUGGAGCCCGGUUUUUGCAUCAAAACAGAUUCAGGAGGCUUUGGAGCGAGCAGCAAUUGACUCCAACUCACAAGUUGGAUCCAUUUUCCAGGUUUUGAGAACAAAAGAGUUGCCACCUACCUAUUUCCGUACAAACAAAUUUACUUCUGCUUUUCAGGAAAUUGUUGAUGCAUAUGGGUGAGUUUUCUCUCCAUCAUUAU